GAUCUGCCAUGCACAGCCUUGAGCAGGCUUGAGCAGGUUCAGCUAGCAGACGGCGCAUGGGGGACCCCCAAGGUGCCUGAUAGGGGGAUCUUAGGAGGUCACGCUGAGCCAUGGCUGGGCUUGCAGGGGCUGUCGUUGGCGAUGCAAUCAUCACUUUCUCCUGGAUGCUCGCCAGCUCCCUUGUUGGCCUUGGUGCAGUGACGCUCGCCCCUCACCUUCCGUUCAUUGAGCCCUACUCCACAUUCACAGUUGCAAUGACAAUCCUAUGUGCGCUGCUCCUUCUCUUUGAACCCAUUGCGGGGGCCUUAGGAGGGGCUAGCUUCAAUCCUGCAGCCAAUCUGACUUUCCUGACAGCGGGAGUAGGUGAUGAGUCCAGCCUGAAGUUGGCAACCCGGCUGCCAGCACAGGUGGUGGGUGCGGCGACAGGCGCUCUGGCCCUGGUGUACUUGUACCCUGAGGUGUUUCACAAGAUUGUGUUGAAGGGCCCAGGUUUGCAGCCAGGAAUCACGGUCAUGGAAGGUGCGAUCGCUGAGGGGGUUGUCAGUUUCGUGAUCAACCUUAUAGUGCUCUGGUCCAUGUUCACACCGCCUUGGAAGGGGUUGGCGGGCAUGUUCAAGCACUCUUUGCCGCUGACGGCCACCGUUGCCCUCAUCGCGGCUGCGGCAUCAUACACGGGACCGGCGAUGAACCCUGUGACUGCAUUUGGCUUUGCCUACCUGGAGAAACGACAUCAGACCUACGAACACUUUGUUGUCUAUUGGGCCACUCCCCUUGCUGGAGCUGUUCUUGCAGCCAUCGUUUUCAGAAUAUUCCUGAAACCACAAAAGGAGAAGGUCAAGAAGUCCUGACGUGCCAAUGUAUCUUUACGGAAGAAGAUGUAAUUUGGGCGUCAAACCUUAUUGUCAAGGUACAGUUGUUCGAGGUUAUGUGUUCCCUUGGUUGCAGUCUCCUUGGCCUUGUACGACACAUGUAAAGACAUUGAACGGCUAGUCAAAAUGUUACUUGCACACUCUUGAGGCGAACUCACCGACGUACUGCUGAUGGACGCGUUUUGGAAAACGCAACGUUUGCAAACCUGUUAUAUCGUCUUGCUCUCAGAUGUCGGGGGUAAGCUAGGGCAGCUGGAUAGGUUGUAUAUUCCUCAUGCAAUCGACAGCCAUACUGGAUGUUGACAGGUUUAGAACACUCGCAGAGUCGGACGCACCAGUGCCACACAGGACGAAAAAGUUGUUGCACGUUCAGUUAAGGAUUUGAAUAUCAAGAGUACGCGUUGAAAUGUUUCAAUUGCAACCGCCCCUAAAGAUCAGGACGGAAGUAUGUCCCAUACGAGUUGGCGCAAAUCAAGGGGAGA